AUGGUGUGUGUGUGCAAGUUAAUGCUGCUGGUGGGAUUGCUGCUCUGUUCUGGGACUCAGUUGGCCUUUUCUCAGCACUGGUCCCAUGGCUGGUACCCUGGGGGAAAGAGAGAAAUAGACUCAUACAGCACCUCAGAGGUUUCUGAGGAGAUCAAACUCUGUGAGGCAGGAGAAUGUAGCUACUUGAGACCCCAGAGAAGAAACAUCUUAAAAACAAUUCUCCUGGAAGCGUUGGCAAGAGAAUUCCAGAAGAGGAAGUGA